AAUGCUUUAGAUUUUCUCUUUUUCAUAAAACUUUUUAUGGUAACAGAUAGAAAAAUAAAACAUAUAUUUUCUAGUGAUGGUUCUGGAGGAAUAGAAGUGGACGAAAUGAUUAAAAUGCUGUUGAUGAUUUACGAGAAUACAGAUUCUGAAACAGGUUUAUCCCGUGUUGAAUGUGUUGAGAAAGCUCGAGAUCUAUUUAACUAUCUCGACUCGGAUGGGAAUAAUGAACUAACAGAGGACGAGUUUGUUGACGGGUGUUUAGCUGAUGAAACCAUACUGGAACGAUUGCUCAGGGGAUCAAAAACUUCCGAAGAUGAUGAUGAUGAUGAUGAUGACAACGAAAACGAGAAUUAA